CCACCACAAACAACAACCCAUCUCGCGACUCUUGCGUCCUCGACAGCUCGAUCACGCGCGUAUCAUGUCGGGACAGUCGUCGCUCUCGUCCAUCUCCUUCAAGCAGAGCUUGGCCAUCACGGCGGUGAUCGCGUCGCUCGCCACCACCUCGGUCAUCCUCACCUACCAGACACUGCGGCGCGAGGCGCGGACCGAGCAGCUCAAGCGCUCGGUCGGGGAGGACGUCGAGGCAUGGGAGAAAGGUCAGGGGAAGAGCGGGACCGCGACUCCCAUGACGCCCGAGGAGCGCGUCGAGCUCUUCAACCAGGCCAACGACACGGGCAAGAAGCCGCGCGAGUGGAGGAAGGGCGAGUUUGACGAGAGCCUCGUCCGCGAGCAGCUCACCCGCAACUACUCGUUCCUCGGCGACGAGGCCAUGACCAAGAUCCGCAACUCGUAUGUUGUCAUCGUCGGCUGCGGUGGCGUUGGCUCGUGGGCCGCGACGAUGCUCCUCCGCAGUGGUGUCGGCCGCCUCCUCCUUAUCGACUUUGAUCUCGUGACCCUCUCCUCGCUCAACCGCCAUGCCUGCGCCACGCUCGAGGACGUCGGCACACCAAAGGCGGUCGCCAUGCAGAAGUACUUUAAGAAGAUUGCUCCUUGGGCUCAGGUCGACGUCAAGGUUGCGCUCUGGAAGAAAGACGAGGGCGAGGCGUGGCUCGAGGGAGCGGACUACGUCCUGGACGCCAUUGACAACAUUGACACUAAGGUCGACCUCCUCACCCACUGCGCCAAGAACGACAUCAAGAUCUUUGCCAGCAUGGGUGCCGGCGCCAAGCGUGACCCGACCCGUGUCCAGAUUGCGGACAUCUCGAACACGUACGAGGACCCCCUGGCGCGCUCUGUUCGCCGUAGAUUGCGAAUCAACGGCAUUCCAAGCGGUAUCCCUGUCGUCUACUCGACAGAAGUGCCGAGCGACGUCAAGCUGCUUCCCCUCCCAGAGGACGAGUUCAAGAAGGGGUCGGUCAAGGAGCUCGGCGCGUUCGACGACUUCCGUGUGCGCAUUCUGCCCGUUCUUGGCCCCCUGCCGGCCAUCUUUGGUCUGGAGGCGGCGACCUACAUGACGCUCGAGCUCGGCGGCAAGCCCCUCACCGACUGCUGCGAGAUCAAGAACCGCAAGAAGCUGUACCAGAACCUGGAGCGCAGCCUGUCUGAGCGCGAGGCGCGGGUCGCCAAGUCGGACAUGCAGAAGGGCAUCGAGGUGAACAUGGAGGACCUGGCGCUCAUCUUUGAAGACGUCAACAACGGCCGCACGACCAUCCCCGAGCCCGUCGUCACCAAGCAGCCCAACGCGUCCCGCUGGGACCGCGACCAGCCGCUCACGAUCGACAACAUUGUCAUCCUGACGCCCGGCGACGCCAAGCGGCACGAGAAGGAGCACCUCGUGGAAGGCAAGAGCCUCAACGAGGUGUGGGGAGAGGAGAACGUCCUCAAGGCCAGGAGGAGGCUGGACGAAGCGCGUCGUUGUGCCAUCUACCGCCGAGCAUAGGCAUACAUAUGCAUACAGUAAUGUUAGAGAUA